AUGGCUACCUCCAUCCUGCUAGGGUGGCUCUUAUUCUCCGCAUCGGCUUCAGCCGACUGCACGAGAGACUUCCUCAUAGGAGCUACGGACAAGUACGUCGCAGCUCAAGCUGCCGGGUCCAGCGACGAUGUGGCAGCACUAGCGGCACCUAAUAUCACUUACACCGAGAACGAAGUUCCUAAAGCCAUCAACGAAGGCGUCUUGACCGAAGCUGUCAAGAUCGACCAUAACCGCAGCAUCCACGACACCGUCAACUGCGCGACCUUCACCGAGAUCAUCGCCGCGAGUAACCCGCACCAGUACGUCAUCGGCACGCGCAUACUCUUCAAUAACGACAGCAAGAUCUCGUUGAUCGAGUCGAUAGUGACAGAUACUGGUGACUGGGCUUUCAACGCUACCGGGUACCUGUACUGGAAUUCGCAGGAGAACUGGGAUCCUAUUCCCGAAGACAAGCGAGACAGCCGCGAGGUCAUCCAAGCGGCCGGUGAUGCAUACUUUAACCGGUUUAAGAACGAGAACGUAACCGUACCUUUCGGCGUUCCCUGCUCCAGACUUGAAGGUGGCGCAUCUACGGCACCCCUUAACAUGACUGGCGAUUCAUGCACGCUCGCAGGUCUACCGUCGACGCUCGUGGUCACCAAUCGCCGCUACGUCGUGGAUGAGGUCCUAGGUGUCGUUGACAUCUACCUCGGGUUCCCUGGACUGGACAGAACGCAAGGCGAGAAGCCCAUGCCGGACAGCCACAUGUUCAGAGUCGAGUCUGGCAAGAUUAGAUAUAUCCAUACCGUCUCGUCGUGCGUGGAGGCGGGGUGUGGGUUCAAUAGCACGAUCCCGCCUACUCCGAGGAUCAGGAAACUACGUACUUUUGAGAGGCCUAGACUAUCUAGUCGAGGAUACUGAUACGGAGAUAAAUCAAAGACUAUGAUUAUGCAGAUGUUUCUCUAAUUCAGCUAGUUCCUUCACCUGGUUGAUUAUAUCCGGCUACGUGUAAGCUUAUGGAUCACCCCUAUCGUGAUACUAGUUUACUUGGCUGCGCACUUCAUGAAGCACGAUCUGUACUCUUCAAGUACGCCUCUUAAACACCUCUAAGGUAUAUACCUUUGAGUACGGCACCUACUAUAUUAUCUGAAAUAUAAUUCUCGUAUAAGUUACACAUACCUUUAUAUAGCUCUAAAGACACUUUGGAGGUUUAGCAACGAAGUAGUUCCAAACUCCUUCCAAAUAGCGUUAAUAACUUUCACAUUCAGA